AUUAUUCCCUCCUCUCUCUCUCUCUCUCUCUCCAUCCUCUUAAUUAAAGAAAGUCCGUAAACUUUCUACCAAUUUGGCCUUUUCCAUGUCUAUAAAUAUAUAUAUAUAUAUAUAAUUAAUUAAACCCACAUCAAUCUCAAAAAUCUUGUAGGACUCUUGUUGAAGCUUCCAUGCUCAUCUUGUCCUCAUCCAUUCUUAUUUUUGAUUGUGCUGUGAAAGAUAGUUAAAGUUGGUGACAACAAUCUUUAUGUUUCGAGCCAUUGGUUACAUCUUGAUAGCCACAGCUAAAUAAAUCAUGCAGUUAUAUCAUCAUCCAUUCUCAUUGGACAGCCAAAAGGUCAGACUCGCUUUGGAAGAGAAAGGCAUAGAUUACACCUCAUUUCAUGUCAAUCCUAUCGUUGGCAAGAAUAUGGACUCCUCCUUCUUCAGGAUGAAUUCAAGUGCGAAACUCCCUGUUUUCAAAAAUGGUUCUCAUACCAUUUUUGACACAAUUGAAAUAAUCCUGUACAUUGAAAGAAUUGCAGUUGUCUCUGUUGGUAAUAACGGCAUCGCCUUUAGUAGUGAAGAAGUAAUAGAGUGGAUGCGCAAGAUACAAGAAUGGAACCCUAAAUAUUUCACACUGUCACACAUUCCUGACAAGUAUCGCACCUUUGUUUCUAAAUUCAUAAGGAAGGUGGUGAUUGCACGGAUGGCUGAAUCUCCUGACCUUGCUAGUGCUUAUCACUGUAAGCUCAGAGAAGCAUACGAGACAGAAGAGAAGUUGAAAAACGCUGAUGUUCUGAGAAGGAGCAAAGAACAUCUGGUUCAACUGCUUGACGAAGUUGAAACAAAGCUGAAUGAAACAACAUAUUUAGUAGGGGACGAGUUCACCAUGGCAGAUGUUAUGCUCAUUCCAGUGCUAGCUCGCUUAGUGCUCCUAGAUUUGGAAGAUGAGUAUAUAUUUAGCAGACCGAACAUUGCAGGGUACUGGGGUUUGGUGCAACAAAGGCCUAGCUACAAAAAGGUGAUAGGGAAGUAUUUUAAUGGCUGGAGGAAGCGCAAAACACUAGUAAAGGCUUGGUGCAUACUUCAUAUCAGAAAUUUGCUGAAGAGAUAUUGAUGAAGGAUUGUGGCUUAGAGCCAGAGGUGACAGAAUAAGGGAGGUGUAAAUUGAGAUACGUAAAAUGAGUUGGAAAGAAAAGAAAUUGCAAUUGUAUGUAUUUUCUUUUUCUCGUUUUCCUUUUCAUUACAGCAACUUUUCUGUUUUGUUUCUUGGCUUUUGGUAAAAUGUGAAGAAGAGAAAGGCUGUUAAAAAAGUGGAGUGGAGGGAUUGAAACUUUUUAUGUUUAAUUGGUUCUAAAGGUUUAUAUAAAUGAAAGGUCUAGUGAUGCCUUUAAUUUUUA